AUGGUUUGCCCUGGUUUGCUGUGGGCGUUCGUGGUCUCCACCUGUCUCGGAUCCAGCAUGGCCCAGACGGUCACUCAGCCUCAACCAGAAAUAUCUGUGCACGAGGCAGAGACUGUGACCCUGAACUGCAUGUAUGACACUAGUGACAGUGAUUAUUAUUUAUUCUGGUACAAACAGCCUCCCAACGGGGAGAUGAUUCUCAUUAUUCGCCAAGAAGCUUAUAAGCAACAGAACGCAACAAAUAAUCGCUUCUCUGUGAACUUCCGGAAAGCAGACAAAUCCUUCGGUCUCAGGAUCUCAGACUCCCAGCUGGAGGAUGCUGCGAUGUACUUCUGUGCUUUCAUGAGGGCACAGAGCAACUAUUUGUUGAUCUGGGGCUCUGGGACCAAGCUAAUCGUAAAGCCAGAUAUCACGGACCCGAAGCCCUCCGUAUACCAGCUGAGAAACCCUAAAUCCAGCGAUACUUCCAUCUGCCUAUUCACCGAUUUUAAUUCUGAAGAUAAAGGGAAUUUCAGAAAAGAAGGAGUGUUCUUCUUCAACAGUACUACGCUGGACAUGGAGGUCAUGAAUUUCAAGAGCAAUGGGAUGCUGGCCUGGAGCAAGACAUCUGACUUUACAUGCAAUGACACCUUCAACGAGAUAAAGUUCUACUCCAGCUCAAGCUAUUCCUGUGAUGCCCAGUUGACAGAGAAAGGCUUUGAAACAGAUAUGGAUCUCAACCUCCAAAACCUGUCACUGAUUGGGUUCCGCAUCCUCCUCCUGAAAGUGGUCGGCUUUAACCUGUUCAUGACACUGCGGCUGUGGUCCAGCUGAGGUCGCCAAGAAUGUGAGAGCCCAGUGCUCCCUCACUCCUUGCUCCUCGCCACCCCUCCUUUCCCUCUUUAAGCAAAGAGGCGCACCCUCUGCCCCCAAGGGGGAAAAGGCUCCCUCCGCCUCUCUGGCCCCACUGGCAAUGCCACCAACUGGAUCCUACAGGAUAUCUGUGAUCAAGAUGCUGAAGAGCUGCCAAACACUGCUGCCACCCCCUCUGUUCCCUCACUGCUGCUUGUCACUGCCUGACAUUCCCAGCAAAGGUUGGGGCUGCUGCAGCCUCUCCUGGCUGUGGAGGAACUCCUGCCCCUCCCCAGAGACCGCCUCUGUUCCCACUGGAUGAUGGAUCCCCCAUGGUUUCUCUUGAGCUCUAGCUCCAGGAGAAUGUUGUGAGAAGUUUAUAUUUUUUUCAAUAGUGUUCAUAAAGAAAUACAUAUCACCCUUUUUCCCAAGAUGUGGGGAAAAUUAUCUCAUUAUCUAGGCCCUGCUAUGCUGUGUAUGUGAACCACAUUGUAUAUUCUGCUGCCCAUGGCUUCAUUAAAAGCGAUUUGGAAGAGCA